AUGGAUAAAGGCGAUAAAUAGGAAAAAAAGAACUUUGAUAAAGCCAAAUAUUUAAAAAAUGUGCGAGCUUUUGAAUAGCAGAUGAACUUCAAAAAAAAUUUUGAUGAAGAAGGCAGUGAUAUUUCAAGAAGAGUUUAACUAAGUUCAAAGUAUAGAGAUAGAGCUUAAGAGAGAAAACUCGGUUAGAUUGAUGCUAACGAAGAAAGUGAUGGAGAAUAUGGGUAUUUAGAAGAUUUGAACGAGAAAAAUGAUGAGAAUAACGAAAUUAAUGUUGCCAAAUAAUAUGGAUUGGAUUUUAAUGAAGAAAAAGAUAAAUAUUAAUUGCAAGAAAAUGUUGUUAGACUUAAAGGUUUAGACUUCAGUCUUUUAAAAAAAGAAUAAGAGAAGGCAAAGACAGAAAAAUAAUAAGAAAAAGAAAAGAUUAAUGCAGCUAAGACUUUAGAGAGCAUAAAAGAAAGUCUUUCAAAAAGAAAGAAAGAGCCAAGUGAUUUUGCAAAGAGAGUUAUGGGUGUCUAUGACAAAAGAUAUAUUACAAAUGAAAAAGUAUCUUAGAAAGGAGUAGCGUUUCCUAUACCAUUUAGUUAUUACGAAUACGAAAUUAAAGGCAAUAAUAUAAUGAGUGAAAUACCUAGUAUUGUAUUAAAGGAGAAAAGCGAAGAGGAUGAAUAUAUGGUUAUACCAAAGAUUGGUCCUGAUGCUUUAGAAGGUCUUACAAGAAUUAUUACAAUUUAUAGUGAAAGAGGAAAGAAAGGUCUAAAAGAAGAAAGAGAAAGAUUAGAAAAACUUAAAAAAGAGUAGGAACAAAGAAUGCAGAUUGAAGAAAACGAGUUUGACUUAUUUGGUGAUACAAAUAAUGAUUUGUUUGAAUAGAAUGUAAGAUAAUCUGAAAUUCUACUAAAAUAAGAGCAAGAGAAGUAAGAGGAUAUUUUUAAAGAUGUUAAGGAUUACAAAGAAAUGAUGAUAGAAGAAUAAAAAAAAGAAUUUUUGAAAUAAAAGUUAGAAAAUAUUAUUAAUCCUAAUGAGAGUGCAAGUUUACAGAUGGGAACAAGAUUAAAUGAAAAAAGAAAAAAUCCAUUUGAAAUUGAAGAAGAUGAUUAUUAUAAUGAAUGCUUCCCUAAGGUUGCACCUUCCAUGAAUUAGAUUAAAGAACUUAGAGAGAGAGAUAAAAUUUUUGGAUCCUAAGAGCCUAUUAAAAAGAAGAAAAACGAUACCUUUGGUAGAAAAUUAGCUGCUGUAGAAAGAGUUAUAAAAGAAAAGUAAGAUCUUUAAAAUAAGAGUUGA